AUUUAAUUUCCUUCCUUUUGGGUUCAGUGAAGUACAGAUACUUCGUUACUGAUCUGGAGGAGUGCCCCCUGAAAUUUUUCAAGGCCUGUGAACAUUUUCCACAUACAAGUGUGUACUACUUAAACCAACAAUAUUGACAUUGACUGAAAAAAAAUGAAGUCAUUACCAGUACUAGUGAUUUUGACUGCUUUGGUGGCACUAAGUGCUUCCAAAGAUGACAAGAAAGAUGAAGUUGGCACAGUGAUUGGAAUCGAUCUUGGCACAACAUACUCAUGCGUUGGUGUCUUCAAGAAUGGGAGAGUGGAGAUCAUCGCUAACGAUCAGGGCAACCGAAUUACCCCUAGCUAUGUGGCCUUCACUCCUGAUGGAGAGCGACUCAUUGGAGAUGCUGCCAAGAAUCAGCUCACCACAAAUCCAGAGAACACUGUCUUCGAUGCCAAGCGAUUGAUUGGCCGGGAAUGGCAUGAUUCCAGUGUGCAGCAUGAUGUGAAGUAUUUCCCAUUCAAGGUGAUUGACAAGGCAAACAAGCCACAUGUACAGGUUGCAACUGCUCAGGGAGACAAGUUGUUCACUCCAGAAGAAAUUUCAGCAAUGAUUCUUGGCAAGAUGAAGGAAACUGCAGAGGCUUACUUGGGGAAGAAAGUGACUCAUGCAGUCGUCACAGUCCCUGCCUACUUCAAUGAUGCUCAGAGACAGGCCACCAAAGAUGCUGGCACCAUUGCUGGCCUCAAAGUCAUGAGAAUCCUCAAUGAACCUACUGCAGCUGCCAUUGCAUAUGGGUUGGACAAGAAAGAAGGGGAGAAAAACGUGUUGGUUUUUGAUCUUGGUGGUGGAACCUUUGAUGUGUCUCUGCUUACGAUUGACAAUGGUGUCUUUGAGGUCGUGGCCACUAAUGGAGACACUCACCUUGGUGGUGAAGAUUUUGACCAGCGUGUCAUGGACUACUUCAUCAAGCUCCAUAAGAAGAAGACUGGUAAGGACGUGAGGAAAGACAACCGAGCAGUGCAGAAGUUGAGGCGUGAGGUGGAGAAGGCCAAGAGAGCCCUCAGUUCUGCUCACCAGGCCAGAAUUGAAAUUGAAAGCUUCUUUGAGGGUCAGGACUUCUCUGAGACCUUGACUCGUGCUAAAUUCGAAGAACUGAACAUGGAUCUCUUCCGCUCAACAAUGAAGCCAGUCCAGAAGGUUCUUGAAGAUGCUGACAUGAAGAAGCCUGACAUCCAUGAGAUCGUUCUUGUAGGAGGAUCCACUCGAAUCCCAAAGGUUCAACAGCUGGUGAAGGAGUUUUUCAAUGGGAAGGAACCAUCUCGAGGGAUCAAUCCUGAUGAGGCUGUUGCCUAUGGAGCUGCUGUUCAGGCUGGAGUACUCUCUGGAGAACAGGAUACAGGCGAGAUUGUGUUGUUGGAUGUGAACCCCCUGACCAUGGGCAUAGAAACUGUUGGUGGUGUCAUGACCAAGCUCAUUCCUAGAAAUACCGUCAUUCCCACAAAGAAGUCCCAGAUUUUCUCUACUGCCUCAGAUAAUCAGAAUACAGUCACCAUUCAAGUGUUUGAAGGAGAGCGUCCCAUGACAAAAGAUAACCAUCUUCUUGGAAAGUUUGAUCUUACUGGCAUCCCUCCUGCACCAAGAGGAGUUCCUCAGAUUGAAGUUACUUUUGAGAUUGAUGCCAAUGGCAUCCUUCAGGUGUCUGCUGAGGAUAAGGGUACUGGCAACAAAGAAAAGAUCACCAUCACAAAUGACCACAAUCGUCUCAGUCCUGAUGACAUCGAACGCAUGAUCAAGGAUGCCGAGGUCUUCGCCGAGGAUGACAAGAAGCUGAAGGAGCGAGUCGAGGCCCGAAACGAGCUCGAGUCCUAUGCCUAUUCCUUGAGGAACCAACUCGGUGACAAGGAGAAGCUGGGUGCUAAACUUUCCACAGAGGACAAGGAAAAGAUGGAGAAGGUCAUCAACGAGAAGAUCGAAUGGCUUGAGAGCAAUCAGGAUGCUGAUUCUGAGGAGUUCAGGAAGCAGAAGAAGGAAAUGGAAGAUAUAAUCCAGCCCAUCAUUGCCAAGCUAUACCAAGGUGGAGCCCCUCCUCCUCAGGAGGACACUGAGGCAGAUGAGUACAAAGAUGAAUUAUAGGCAAGAGAGACGUACUUCCGGGAAAGGAGGGUGGAAGAAAUGUGAUAUUUGCUGCUCGGUAGCUUCAUGAGUCUUCAUGCUCAUUGAUCUCGCCGAGUGGUCACAACUUCAAGAAUUUCCCCGUGUCCUUUCUAAAUUAGCCCCAAAUCUUCCUUGUCCUACUGUCCUCUGGUCCAUUUUUGAGUUUUGGUGGUGAGCAGAAAUUUGAAGGAAGGGUUUCUAUAAAUCAUCCUUUUUAUACCUGUUGUCCCUCUGGAUCUGCACAAACAUUUUCAGGCUGUCCCCUGUCCCAUUCAGAGCAUUUCCUCUUAUUUAUUCAAGCAAUUCCUGUGAUCAUUCCGCCUGGUGUUGCUGGUUUGGUUUGAAAUAAAGUAUUAAAGCUAAAAUA